AUGAAGAGUUCGGUAGUCUUUUCUAUCUUCGACCUCGUCCUAGCCCCGGCUGCUGCCGUGCCAGCUCAGACCAGCGCAGGUAACGGCGUCGAGAGCGUCGCCAAUACCUUGGGCAAGUUCUUUCCCCUCUUUAGCGAGACAACAGAUAUCAUCGAAAACAUUGAUUUUGACAAUGCCCAACCAACGGCAGAGGUCAUUAGGGAUAAGUUGAAUGAAAUGCUGGAUUUGUGCGUCCUUCUCGUAGAGAGGUUCUAUGAGUCAAAGGGCAGCGACGACAUCAAGAAGCUCAAUCAAGGCGAGCAAAAAGAGGUUUGCGACAAGUUCGACCAGUUUACUUCUGAGUUUGACGACUUUACCACGAGCCUGCACAUGGUCGCUAUCGGAAUUGAUGCCAACACAAAGGGGAUUACGAAGCGCGUCCUCUACGUCAUGGAGCAGAUCUUCUUUGGCAUCGACUUCAUCCGCCAUAGACCCCUGAGGACGCUAGUUCCUAUGUGUAAGGACAAGGCGGAGGGCAAUGCCAAGAAGAUUCUGGAGGAUCUCAAGAUUCUGAUUACCGCGUACGGAGGAACAACGGAGUGCUCUCGACUUGGGGGGCCAAGGGUGAACAAUAGGAAAAUAUGUCCCGGAUCAGGACAUAGCGUCUGGGAGCUCCCCGGCGGGAUUCAAUUCUAA